UUCACGCCUAAUAAGAUGUCCACAGGGCUCGUGAACGUGAGGGCAAAGGAUUGUUUACAUUUACAUCGGAUUGAUAAGCACAAAUGCGGUUACAGUUCUAGCAAUUCAUACUCUUCUUCGUCGGCGUCCUCGGACAGUUCUCGUUCCCGUCAGCUUCGGUCGGACGGUGAAGUCUAUGAGAGUCGUCAUCACAACUACAAUUCAAAAUCGAAUUCUCAACAUCGUCGGCGCUCACGCUCUGGGUCAGAUUCGCCUGUGCGUCAUUAUUCAAGGCGGACAUCUCGCGAUCGUCAGCGCAUGCGUCAGGCACGCGAUCAUCCACAGGCUAGCCGCUGCAUUGGAGUUUUUGGCCUAAAUACGAACACCACCGAGCAGAAGGUGCGCGAAUUGUUUAAUAAAUUUGGACCCAUUCAACGUAUUCAGAUGGUUAUUGAUGCUCAAACUCAUCGUUCACGUGGCUUUUGCUUCAUUUACUUUGAGAAUCUCGGUGACGCACGUGUUGCUAAGGAUGCAUGUACCGGAAUGGAUGUGGAUGGCCGCCGUAUACGCGUCGACUAUUCGAUAACACAACGUCCACACACUCCUACACCUGGUGUGUACAUGGGACGUCCAUCACGCCCACUGGUGAGACGUUCUCGUGACCGUGAAUAUGGCAAUCGAGAUAGCUAUCGUCCUCGUCGUCGCCUUCGCGAAGGGUCAUCGUCAGUAUCGCCAUCAAAUCGUCGCAAGUAUCGCAGCCGUCAUCGCUACGAACGUAGUCGCAGUCGCACUCACAGCUACUCACGUUCGCGCUCUCCCCGCAAGCCUGCUCGCGUCCAUUCGCGUUACUAAUGUGCCAAUGAUUGUGUGCUGGUGACAAGAUCACAAGCACAGCAAAUGCAAGGGCCCAGCACGAGGAUAUAGACUGAAUAUUUUGUUAUUAAAUCCCUACACUUGUCCCAAAAUUCGUUUGGCAGUAUCACCUGUAUAAUUAUUAUUAUAUAGUUUCCAUCCCGCCUAAUCACAAUUAGUUGAUAGUUUGUCCAUAUCGCUGCAUCCUGCUACGUUUUGUAGAACGUUGUCACCACAUAGAAAGCAUCCGUGUAUACUACGCGUUCCAUCCUCAAAACUUAACACGCGUAAAACACAUUGUGAUAUGUAUUUUAAAAGCAACUGCGUAAAUUGAUAACAAUAAACUAAUCACACUAACGAAAUA